AUGUAUAGCCCUGGGGGAGCUUCGGUGGAUUCCUCAAUAUUCGAUCCUACUCUCACGGGAAGUCAGAUUCUUGGCCUUUCUCUCGCAGGGGGUGUCUAUCGCACAACCUAUGGUCCUUCCUUCUUCGACACCAUCAACCUCAUGCCUCCUUCGACGAAGGUAAUUUUGGACCUAAACUUGCUCAACAAUUCGUACGAAGUUGCCUAUAACCAAGCGGCUGCGGCAGUCCAGUACCUAGGAAGUAGAUUGGACGCUCUGGAGAUUGGGAACGAGCCUGACCUGUAUGUGCCCGAUGGCCAUAAGAGCGCGUCUGAUUGGGAUCCUGAAAUUUACACACAGACAUGGGUUAAUUGGUCCGCGAACAUCACUAUGGGGCUCAACCUUCCCAAGAAUUUCUUCCAACCCGGGGGAUUCAUGCACGACCCCACUGUUGUGAAUUUCACAACUACGAAUAUAAUCGCCGAUGGUAUCAACAACGCAUCGACUGUCAAGACUUACUCGCAACAUAUGUACAGGUUCGACACUUGCACCCCAGCCACAGAUGCCAUGGUCACGUACGAUAAUCUCGUCAAUCACCAAAAUAUCACGACCUUCAUCAACCUUUACUUACCUCAAAUCGCUGCAGCCCAGAACGCUGGGUCUAACCUGGUAGUCGGCGAAUUCAACUCUGUUGGCUGCUCCGGAAAACAAAAUAUCACCAAUACUUUCGGUCAGGCGUUGUGGCUCGCGGACUCCAUCUUGUACUCGGCGUCGGUAAAUAUCACUCGGAUGUACACACACCAAGGAGCUACCCUCCUCGGCCAGUCUUCCAUCCAACUCAACACCCCAGGUUUCAGCUGGUACAACUUCGUCUACCCCUCCAAUUCCGCUCGUAACGGCCCCGCCCGGGCCACUCCAUCCUACCCUGGCCUUCUCCUCGUGGCUGAAGCGAUGGGUACCUCCGCCAACACCACCAGGAUCACCUCGUUCCCCCUCGCCGCCCACCCCAACCUUGCCAUCUACGCCAUCUGGGAUACGUCUGUCCGCGUUAACGCCCCCGCCCGCAUUGCUGUCCUCAAUUUGAGCCCCGAAUCAGAUCUCAGCAUCGACCUCUCCUCGCUAGGUCCUACCGGCGUGAAGAGACUUCAUUCCCCGACGAAAGAUAACCAAGAUUCCAACACUGUCACUUGGGCGGGGCAAAGCUACACGAACGGCACGGCGAAUGGCACGAUCGUUGUCGAGAAGCCGCUUAGCGAUGGAAGCGUCGCGAUAGGAUCGUAUGAGGGGGUGUUGGUGUUUCUUGGUGGAUCCGUGAACGGGACCGUCAACGCGACACCUAUUGGUAACUCUUCGUCUUCUACGUCUACAUCCGCGAAGAGCAGUGGUACUCGGUUCGGAAGGCGGUCGUGGUACGCGAUCUCGUCUUGGUGUUCCUUGUUGGGUCUUGCGUUGUUUGUUCUUUGA